GACAGGACGCUCGCGGGCCCCCAGGCUAACCCCAGCUGUAGCCUCAAAUCUCCUACCAUGGGGGAAGAAGGCGGCGGCCGCAGCUGUGGGACCACUAGGGAGCUGCAGAAGCUGAAGCAGCAGGCGAUGGAGUACUACCGGGAGAACGACGUCCCGCGCAGGCUGGAAGAGCUGCUCAACUCCACCUUCUACCUCCAGCCUGCCGACGUCUACGGGCACCUGGCAAACUGUUUCUCUAAACUCGCAAAGCCACCCACCAUAUGCAAAGUAGUGGGGAGAAACGUAUUGGAUGGACUGGGGCUUCCAACCCUACAAGUGGAAAUAUUCUGCACCAUUCAAAACUUCUCCAAGAACAUAUGUUCAGUGGUGAUCUCAACGCACUUUGAAGUCCAUGAGAACGCUUUACCCGAGCAGGCUGAGGCCGAGGAAGUGGAAAGGUCUGAGGCCGUCAGCACUGCUGUGCAGUGGGUCAACAAAACCAUCACGGAGGAGCUUCGGGGCAUAGCCCCCUCCAACCAGGCCGAGGUGGACCAGGUGCUCAGGACAUUCUUUGAAAGUAAAGUACAAGAAGAGAAGGAGAGAAGACAGCUGGAAAAGGGCCUGGAAGACCAAACAAUAGCCAUCCCUUCACCUCCACCUCCUCCACCCCCAGCAAGAAAAAAAGGACAAAGGCAAGGGAGGACAGAUACUCUUACAGAGAAGCCUAUCUUGCCUCCAGAACCUGUUGAACCUGUCCUCAGUGGCAGCAUGGCCAUUGGGGCAGUGUCACUAGCUGUGGCCAAAACCAGUGCCAUGCUGGACAAUAACCCACUCUACUUAAAUAUUGCAUUACUGAAGCACCCUCAGGAGCAGCCGACAAAGCUAACUAUACCUUUGCUAAUGGUAUCUCUGGUCAGCUGUGGGAAGUCAUCGCCCGGGAAGUUGAAUUUAAUGAAAGAAGUGAUUUGUAUACCCCAUCCUGGAUUAACAGCUAAACAAGGUGUGGAGAUGCUUCUGGAAAUUCAGAAACAUAUUAACAAAACAAUUGAAAUGCCGCCUCCUCCAAAAACAGAGACAAAAAAAGGGCAUAAUGGAAACAAAAGAAGUCAACAGCCCAUCACCGGCAAGAUGUCCCAUCUUGGCUGUUUAACCAUUAAUUACGACACCGUAGAGCAGCCGCUGCUCCUCAUCGAAGGCAUCUGUGCAAACCUGGGGCUGGACCUGGGGACCAAUCUGCACCUAGCCAUCAACUGUGCUGCACACGAGCUGAUAGAUUAUAGCAGAGGGAAGUACGAAGUGAUGACGGGAACGUACAAAAACGCAGCCGAGAUGGUGGACCUGUACGGGGAUCUGAUCAGCCGGUUCCCUUCAAUUAUCGCCUUGAUCGAUCCUUUCAGGAAGGAGGACUCUGAACAGUGGGACAGCAUCUAUAAUGCUCUUGGUUCCAGAUGUUACAUAAUUGCAGGAACUACAUCCAAGAGCAUUUCUAAACUUCUAGAGGACGGUAACAUCAGCAUCCCCAAAUCCAGUGGGCUGAUCAUCAAACACACCAAUCAAACUACGAUGUCUGACUUGGUGCAAAUAACCAAUCUUCUUGACAGUAAGAAGCACAUCGCUGUCUUUGGAAGUACAGAAGGAGAGUCUUCUGAUGACAGCCUUGUCGAUUUGGCCAUUGGACUCGGUGUCCGGUUUAUCAAGUUGGGAGGUCUUUCCCGAGGCGAACGGGUGACUAAGUACAACCGCCUUUUUACUAUAGAGGAAGAACUUGUCCAGAAGGGAGCACUGGGUUUCAACGAGGAACACACAUUUUUUUCCUUGCACGAGGAAGCUGAAAAGGCCACCGUGGCUGGGGGGCCGCCUGAGCUCCUGGAGCCCAUCUUCCCCACAGAAGUGAUGGAGGGAUCAGCCAAAGCGUGAGCGUCUUCUGGAUGGGGCCACGGACAACCCCGACUUCCGGCCA